GAAAAAGAAGGUCCCUGAUCCCUAAGGCUUGGCCGACUUGGCUCCCGUGUGGCGUUCUCUUCCAAGCAUCUUGGCGAUCAGCCGCCCUGAACGACCUCCACACCAUGUCUCCAUCCCCCAACCAACAGCAACAGGCCGCCGGUGAGCCAAAGACUGGCGGUCUUCACGAUGGCGACGCCAUUUCCGUCAACUCUCCCAGCAACGGCACGCCCGAGAAGAGGUCCAGCGAGCCCGCUGCUCCCUAUACCGAGGGCGACAUGGAAAAGCCGCCUUUUGUGUUCACGACGAAAGCCAACGGCGAAGAAGAAGCAUUUGACGAGGAUGACCCGAGAUUGAAGGACAUCCCGGCCUACGUGCGCCGCAUCGUUUCGCUGCACGAUGAUCCGGAUUUGCCCUGCCUCACGUUUCGAUACUUUCUCCUCACCAUCAUUUUCGUUAUUCCCGGCGCAUUUUUGUCGAUGAUGAGCCAUUUCCGCACGACGUACGCGCCGUACUCCAUUUUCUUCGUCCAGAUCGCGUCGAGUUACUGCGGCCAAUGGCUUGCCAAGAUCUUGCCGGCGUGGGAGGUCAAGGUGCCAUUCACCAAGUUCAGCUUCAACCUCAACCCGGGGCCGUUCAACGUCAAAGAGCAUGUCCUGAUUACCAUUUCCGCGGCAUCGGGCGCAACUUACAACUUGGGAUACACUCCCGUUGCGAUGGCUGAGCUCUAUUUCAACUCCAAGAUUCACCCGGCAGCGGCGAUUUUUUUCAUGUGGGGUAUUGUGUGGACUGGCUAUUCGUUUGCCGCGCUGGCCAGACAGUUCCUGAUCUACGACCCUCAGUUCCCGUGGUUCACGGCGCUUUGCCAGACCGCUCUGUUCGAGACGCAGAAGAAGCAGCGCGAAGCCCCGACGGCUUCAUCCCGCAAGCAGACGAGAGUCUUCUUCUGGGCCCUUCUCGGCAUGACCUUGUGGCAGUUCCUCCCUGAGUACAUCUUCCCUAUGCUCGGAUCUCUGGCCUUCCUCUGCUGGGUGGCACCCAACAACGCAGUCGCCAACUUUGUGGGCUCUGGAUUUGGAGGAAUGGGCUUCUUGAACCUGUCGCUGGACUGGUCCAACAUCUCGACCAACGGAUCUCUUUUCUUGACUCCGUGGUGGACUCAGGUCGUCAUGUUCUGUGGCUUCGCCUGCAGUUGUUGGAUCUUGAUCCCGGCGGCCAAGUACGGUCACCUCGGUGAGUGGCAUGGGCAUUUGAUGUCAAACAGACUCUUCCUCGAGAACGGCACGUCAUACCCAAUCACGAAGUUGCUCACUGCGGAUGUGUCGUUCAAUGAGACGGCUUACGCCGAGUACGGCCCCCCGUUUGUUAGCACCCAGGUCCUGUGGACCAUGUUCUUUGACUAUGCUGCUUAUACGUCAGCUAUUGCAUGGGCUGCUCUCUUCGGCUACAAGACCAUCAAGAGCAGUCUCUCGAAGAUGAUGGAUCGCAUGAGAAACGGUUCGCAAAUCAGCACGCAGUACAACGACCAGCUCAGCAUCCUGCAGCGAAGCUACCAGGAAGUGCCUUUGUCAUGGUUUGCCGCGCUAUUUGCUGCUUCGGCCAUCGCUCUCAUCACCAUCACUGCCACCGGAAACAUGUUCAUCCCCGUGUGGACAUACUUCGUCGCCAUUGGAACUGGCGCAAUCCUCGUCGUGCCGCUUGGCUGGCUGUACGCGCUUAGCAACUUCCAGUUGGCCAUUGGUACCGUCAACGAGCUGCUUUAUGGAUUGAUGGUGAACUCCGUCAGCGGAUUCAAGAACCCGACUGGUGCGUCUGCAUACGGUGCCAUCGCGGGAAAUGCAUGGUACCGCGCGCAACUCAACCUCCAGGACAUGAAGGUCGGACACUACAUGCAUCUGAGUCCCAAGGCAGUGUUCUUUUCUCAGGUUUUUGGAUCAUUCCUCGGCGUGCCCAUCAACUAUGCUGUUGUUCGCUGGGUCUUGGACACCAAGUUCGACUACCUCACGGGUGCCAAGGAAGACCCAGCGCAUCAGUGGACUGCUCAGUCUCUCACCUCCAACCUCACAAUGGGCGUGCAGUACGUCCUCAUCGGUCCCCGCAGACUCUUCCAGCAGCACAUCUAUAAGGUCCUCCCGUACGGCUUCCUUGUCGGCGCCUUCACCCCGCUCCUUAUCUACGGCCUCCACCGCGCCUUUCCCCGUGCCAAGUUCCAGUUGUGGAACUCGACCAUCUUCUUCUCUGCCAUGGCAAGCUUCUACGGAAACAUCAGUACCGGAUACGUGAGCAGCUUGAUCGGUGGUUUUGUGGUCAUGUUCUGGGCCUACCGCUACCGGUACGACCUGUGGGCGAGAUGGAACUACAUCUUGGCUGCUGCUUUCGACGCGGGUUUCAACUUCAACAUGCUUCUUACUUUCCUCUUCUUCGGUGCUGGAAAGAUCGUCACCAUGCCGAACUGGUGGGGCAACGAGGCAUCGAGUUCCGAGCGCUGCUUUGCUCUUGACUCUUGAGUAAGCUUGCUUGAAUCGCUAGAUGCUACUUGUUAUAUUGGAAGAAAUGGUUGAAGCAGGACACCCGAGACACCAACCAAAGGGACCACAA